AGAUGUAUAGUCUUUAUUUGACUCCUUUGUUUCGCUACAUGCUAGCUAAUUAGCCAGCAAAACCGCCGAGAUGGAGGUGGCUGGUUUGAUGUCGCUCUACAUGUCGCAUAUUUGUAAAAUUGUUAAUCUUCGUAGGCCUAAGCAUGGCGCUCUUUGUGUGUGUUUUUAAAAGUUCAUGGAUGUGUUUCUUAUGAUCCGCCGUCACAAGACCACCAUUUUCACAGACGCCAAGGAGUCCACCACUGUGUACGAGUUGAAACGGAUUGUGGAGGGGAUCCUUAAAAGGCCACCCGAGGACCAGAAGCUCUUCAAGGAUGACCAAAUGCUUGAAGACAGUAAGACGUUAGGGGAGUGUGGCUUUACUAACCAAACUGCGAGACCCCAGGCUCCAGCCACGGUUGGACUGGCUUUUCGCCUGAGUGACGAGGUUUUUGAGCCGCUGCGGCUGGAUCCAUUCUCCAGCCCCCCAGAGCUCCCGGACGUCAUGAAACCACAGGAUUCAGGCAGCACCACCAGCGAACAGGCUGUGCAAUGAGGGGAGAGGAGCUAGUGAGGAUGUGUGGGGAGGCUGGAGCGCGUGGCUGUCGGGGCUGGGGGAGCUCGGGUGAGGGUCAGGGGGAGCUGGAGAAAAUAUGGAAGAAAAGUUUUGAGAGACAUGGGAGUGAGCAGCAAGGAUUCAGUUGGCAAAGUUAGGUAACAUCUCUGUGCUUUCUUGCUGUAGCCUUUGUAUAGAGCAACCAUUAUUGUUUCCAAACAUGUCUUCACAACCACACUUUAGAAUCCAUACCUGUAGACAGUUACUGUGUCUCUCAUGCACUGGCAUCCUGGCUAGACUUCUGUCAGCCUUUGGGAUUCUGAGGAAUGUGGGAGAAUGUUCCAGUGCCAGCUAAACAUCUACCUGUUAGGGAGGGCUGCUGUGGGGGGUGUGCGACUGUGUUCAAUGUUUAAUCUAUUAUUGUUUAGUAUUGUUAUGAUUUGGGGGAUUACUGGGUAGGUGCAGUUGUUGGUCCACUUUCAAGGUGUGCGUUUACCAACUAUGGGGAGGUUAAGUGAGCCUACAUUUGUUGCUGGACUGUACUUGGUGGACUUUUAUGCAUAGAAUUUAAAAUAUUGCAUGGCAAGAUGCCAUUUAUAGAAAUAAGGAUUUUUUCCCCCCAGGCUUCCAUGUCCCUGUUGUUUGGUGCCUUUUUUCCGCACCCUAAUUCUGUGAGUUCCUUUUCCUUGUUUUGUUCCUUGGUCACUAUUAUACAAUUUAGAAGGUAAAAAAAAAUGUAUAACAGAUUUAAAGUUUCUUGCAGUAUUUUGUUCUGUCAAACCAAAGAUCUGGAAUCUAACUUUAUGUAAAUUUGGAGUUAACAGUGGAAAAAAUGCACUAGAACUCUAGGUCUAGGUGGUAAAUUUAUGGAAUUCAGAACCAUGACAAAUUAACUCUUGACAUUGACAGGGCUUGGGGAUCGACUGGGAUUGCCCUUAGCUGUGCCUGCUGUGUGUGAGAUAUGACACAUGCUUUAAAAAUAAAUGUUAUUAGUUGAAUAAAGACUACUUUUUUAAAAACCUUGAGGCAGUUAAGCAUGUUUUAUUUGCAUUUGUGUCAUCUGUUGUAAGCUUUUGUGUUUUGAUGAAUCAAGGGAGUCUUAGUGAUUUAACAUCAAGCUAAUUCUAUGGUAGGCCUUGUUUUUUGAUGCUGUGGUAUUAUUCAAGCAGUUUUUCAUAAUCCAAAAAUUAAAGUGGAGGUUUUGAAGUCCAUUAUAUUUGUCUACUCUGGUUUAUGGCCAUGUUUUUUUUUUCAUUUUUUUCCUACAUGUACAUUUUUUUCCCUUCAUUUUUCUAUAAUAUACUAUAAUUUUAUUACUAAUAUCAGUGUAUGUAAAGUUCAUAUAAUUGAGUCAGGCAUGAGUGUACCAAGUUUAGAGUAGUUUUUGCAUAUUGAUUAAAUGGCUGUUUGUUAUAUACAUGAAAUGCAUUGUAGAGUCAGUUUUACAUGGGAUUUUAUUUUUAUUUUUAUUUAAUUUUUUACCUGGAGUUCCCUGUUCAUUAUUUGAUUCGCUGGGAACUGGGAUGUGAUGUCACUUUCUGUUUUACCAUAAAUAUUCAAUGGAGAGUUUCAUUUACUGUGAGUGUGGGAUGUCCCAGAAGUUUGCCAUGCAGAUGAAUCACAAUUACUCCCCCCCCCCCUUUUAUUUUUGUUACAGGAUACAGUGGAACACCACAGAUGAAUUGGUUUAAUUCAUGUUAAAUUCAAUGUCAACUAGGAAAAAUUUGGGAGUCUUUGUCCCAAUGGUUAUGUGUUUCAGAGACUGACUGUAGAUUGAUGUGUUUGGUACACUCAUUUAGUCUGACAGCACUGAGAAAAUUCGGGAUGCAUUCCGUCAUUGUGUCCUGUGGAAAUUAAGCUUUUCUCAUUUGAAGUAGAUUUCCUAAAUUCUCUUCGUAUAAUCAUGGUUUAGUACAUGCAGCCUUAACAUUUUAAUAAAAUUACAGCGUUGACUAUGUUUUACAAAGUUUUGAAAUUAUACAGUCAUUUUGCAUUCAAGAUAUCUUAAAAUGUGCAAUAUUUAAAUGUUAUUUUUCAGCAGCUGAUCUGUAGGCCUUGCUGCAGUUAUUCAGGAAAAAAAAUGAAUGUGUGUUUUGUGGCUGAUUUUGUCUGUUCUGAAUGUAGGGUUAACUUGACUUCAAUAAAUUUUGUUUUGAAACAAAUUUGAGUGUUUUUUUAGUUUGUCAGAUGAUAGCACACAGAGGGCUACAAAGCAAGACAAAAUAAAUUUGCCACGGCACAAUUGGAGUAAAUUUUGAGACUCGUGUAUGCAGAGAACAUAAUGGAAAUUAUUUGAUAAUUAAUGGACAUUGACCCAGGAAAUCUGAUGAAGUCUGAAAAAUGUAAAAAAAACUCUAGUCAUAGUGUCUGGUUAAAAUAAUUCCCUGUAAGCACAAUUAAUUAAAAAGUUUUAGCCAGAUAGGCCUGCAUGUAUUUUUUGGUUUGUUUGCAAAUUGUUUUUUUUUUUUUAAAUUCUGUUUUUAUUUUAUUUGGGAACAUGUAGCUCAAAGGAAUUUUGUGUUUAUGUGAUACACAGUAGGCUUGUGUAAUAUUUACUUAUUUUUUGCAUUAUGCACCGGAGUCUGUUGAUGGGACUUAUUUUAUUUGAAGAAGCAUACUUUUAAAUAAAAAAUAUAAAUCUA